AUGCGGCUGCGCAUCCGGACGCUGAGCAACGAGGAGGCGGAGCUCGAUGUGGGGCCGGAGGAGACGAUUUUCAAUUUGAAAGAGAAGGUGGAGCAGAAAUGGCCCCAUAUGCCUGCAGUUCGCCAGAAACUCGUGCACGCGGGAAAGAUUCUGGCCGACUCCCAGAAGGUCAAAGAGUGCCCCUCGCUGAAGGAAAACGACCGCCUCGUCGUCAUGGUCACCAAGGCCGUCGCACAGCCCGCCGGGGCUUCCUCCAGUGCGGCGCCGGCAGCCCCUGCGCCUGCGUCUUCAGCGACGGCCUCGCCCUCGGAGACGCCCAGUGGAGACUCAGCCGCCGCUUCCAGCGCGGGCGCCUCCGCAGUGUCCGCGGACGCUUCAGGGUCUGCCUCGGCGCCUGCGCCCUCAGGAACGUCCGAAGGGGAGGCUGGCGAGGCCCUCACGCGCACCGCGGCCGAGUCGGCGCUCUUCACGGGACCGCAGCUCGAGGAGACCUUGACGCACUUAGUCGCCAUGGGCUUCCCGCGCGACCAAGCCGAACAGGCGAUGCGCGCAGCCUUUAACAAUCCGGACCGAGCUGUCGAGUAUCUCAUGAAUGGAAUGCCCCCGGAAGUCUCUGCAUUGUUUGGCGGAGCCAGUGGGGAGGCGCAGGAUGCCGAGGGCGACGCUAUCGCUGACGAAGGAGACGCAGACGGCGACGAAGGAGACGAAGACGAUGGAAAUCCUCUAGGCGCGCUGAGACACCACCCAGCCUUCAAUCAAAUCCGACAAAUGGUCCAGGCCAAUCCGGCGAUGCUGCCGCAGGUUCUGCAACUCAUCGGGAACUCAAACCCGCAACUUUUGGAACUGAUCACGCAGAACCAAGAUGCUUUCCUGGAAAUGCUGCAAAGCGGCCAGGGUACGGGCGAGGCCGGUGCGCCCGGCACAGGCUUCGGCGCCGGAGGCAUCAUUCAGAUGACUCCGGACGAAAUGGAAGCCUUGCAGCGGCUCGAGGCCCUCGGCUUCUCUCGUCACCAGGCCGUGGAGGCCUAUCUUGCUUGCGACAGAAAUGAGGAAAUGGCGGCAAAUUAUCUCUUUGAGAAUCUGAACGACUUGGGCGACGAUGCCGGGGAUUGA